CUCUAAAUAUCAGGAAUCUGACCCACACCGUCCCUCAAAACCCUAGUAUUCUAUAUAAACGGCUCACCACCUCUCUUCUCCUCCUCCGAGUCUCUCACCACUCUCUACUUCCCAUAAUUAUAAUAAAAUUGUUCUGAUCGUAUUCGAUUUCUUUGUUCGUAGAUCAAUCAACAACUGCAACCAUGUUGGUUUACCAGGAUCUUCUUACAGGUGAUGAGCUUCUCUCUGACUCAUUCCCUUACAAGGAAAUUGAGAAUGGAAUUUUGUGGGAAGUGGAAGGAAAGUGGGUUAUUCAAGGAGCAAUCAAUGUAGAUAUUGGUGCUAACCCAUCUGCGGAAGGUGGAGAAGAGGAUGAGAGUGUCGAUGAUCAAGCUGUUAAAGUUGUUGAUAUUGUCGAUACUUUUAGGCUUCAGGAGCAACCAGCUUUUGAUAAGAAACAGUUUGUUACUUACAUGAAGAGAUACAUCAAGUUGCUGACAGCCAAAUUAGAGCCAGAACAGCAAGAACACUUCAAGAAGAACAUUGAGGGAGCAACUAAGUUCCUCCUCUCAAAGCUUAGUGACCUUCAAUUUUUUGUUGGGGAGAGCAUGCACGAUGAUGGAAGCCUGGUGUUUGCAUAUUACAAAGAAGGUGCAACUGAUCCAACUUUUCUCUACUUUGCCCAUGGAUUGAAGGAAAUCAAGUGUUAAAGCACCUGGUUUCAAGGCUUUGUUUGGUUGCGGUCACAUUAGUUAUAUGAUGCUAUGAUAUGCUAUUUGAGCGGGGAAAACUACUCUUAAUUUAGUCCUUUGUGUUUUUGGAUUUUGGUAUUUUGUUGUAAUCGACAUUGAGUUUAUUGUUAUAAGAUUUGUUUUGAAGGUUGCUUUUUA